UCUAGCGUUUCUCCACUGCCUGGGCUCAGAGACAUGUCGGAAACCUCCCACGAGGGGCCCCGUGUAAUUCGAUGCAUGCUGUUAAAGCUUAGAGUAUAUUGUCUUCUCUUGCUUAUGAAGCCUCCACCCACCGGCCCACCCUACAUUUAACAGAUCAUGUGACCGUGACGCCAUCAAUAACAGGAUGUUAAUGCUAGACGGAAUGCCUGCAGUCCGAGUCAAAGCAGAACCUCUGGAAUCUGAGAGAGGGUCACCCAAAGUGCACGGCUAUCCUGAUAUGGAGACUGUGCCGCUCCUGCUCAGCAAAGUGAAGGCGGAACCUCCAGAAGACCUGCUCUCAUCCGAGCAGUUCCAAACCCAGACAGAGCCUGUAGACCUGUCCAUCAACAAGACAAGGACGUCAUCUCCUUCCUCCUACACCUCAGCCUUCUCUCCAUCUUCAUCAUCGUCAUCCUCACCUUCUGUCAUCACCUCAGUCUCCUCUGGAAUGCCCUCCGUUUUGACACCCGGACCCUUGGUGGGCUCUCCUCAUGGAGUUAGAGGCCAGCAAUUUUUGCACAUCAUCCACCCCGUCCCCCCUUCCAGCCCCAGUAAACUUCCCAGCCAUGUGCACCGUAUCCCUGUGGUGGUGCAGUCGCUGCCCCUCAUGUACACCACAGCCGUUCGCUCCCCGUCAACCUUCAACUCCACCAUCAUGUUACCUCUCCUGGACGAGGCCAAGUGCCAGGGCAAAGCACAAACAGACCCCAAUGGCCUGUCGCCAAGACAAAUCAAAAGUGACAGUGAUGAUGACGACCUGCCAAACGUGACCUUGGACAGUGUUAAUGAAACCGGAUCCGCGGCGCUGUCUAUAGCACGAGCAGUCCAGGAUUCCAUGUCACCAUUCAGUAUUGAGAGCAUUCGACGGCCACAGCCCCCUGAAUCUCCAGACUCCAAGAAAAGACGCAUCCACAGGUGUGAUUUUGCAGGCUGUAAUAAAGUUUAUACCAAGAGCUCCCAUUUAAAGGCACACCGGAGGACACACACAGGUGAGAAGCCAUACAAGUGCACCUGGGACGGCUGUACAUGGAAGUUCGCCCGCUCGGACGAGUUGACACGGCAUUACCGUAAACACACAGGGGUCAAACCCUUUAAGUGUGGGGACUGCGACCGAAGCUUUUCCCGCUCAGACCAUCUGGCCCUGCACCGUCGCAGACACCUGCUGGUUUGAAGCCACCCACUCACACGGGAGAGCUGGAUCUCCCCCAAUAGUGUUCAGCUGGGCUGAACCAGCCCCUGAGAGUGAGGAUAAAAGAGCAAGCGAAGGAGGAGUAUGAUGCUUUCCCCACAUUUGCAGAGCUAAACAGGGUCCAUUCAGGGAGGGAGGAGCCUCAUCUACAGGCCUGAAACAUUUGGAGUCCAGGAUGUUGAUUGUCUCAUGUCUGUUCAAAGGAUUAUUUCACUCGGACAAACGGUUUGUUUUCUGAUUUUUCCUUUCUGAGUCAUCCGUGUGGUCUGUUUGAACAUGGCUGCUUCUCACUCAACAUCUACAAUGUAAAGAAACGCAGAGUGGAAUGGCUUUAUGUGUUGUUCUGACAGAUGCAAAAGGGGAGCGUGACCGUGAAUGGUGUGCUUGCACAAUUUUUUACAUUUACGUUUUUGCAGAACAUCAAGAGCCAGAAGUAUCUGAGAAGGAUUAAGCGCAUCUUCUAAUGAUGAAGACUUUGGGCUAGUGAUUCCAGAGGUUUCCAAGGUUGCCAUUUACAGGUUAACAAACCAGCGAAUGAGAUUACACAACAAAAUGUUCAUUUUGGGUCAUAAUAUCUUCUGUUCCUCGCAACUGUUGUUUUUAAAUGAAACUGAUUGAAUUCGAUUAACAGACAAAGUAUAGCUGGGCUUCUGCAGUCUACUCUACACAUUUGUCUUAAUUUCAUCACAUUGAGUCACUAAUUAGGAAAAUAUGUGUAAAUCUGGAUAAUGAGGGUCUACUCAGACAGGUAACUCGAGGCAGAAGAGCAAUAUACUUAUUCCGAGCUGGCCUGGUCCUCACCCAUAUACAUGGUCAAACUUUGGAUUUCUACGAGUGCCGCAUUGUUUUCUAUAAUUCAGAAACCUCUUCUAUUUAUAGUGGAUUUCUAGCGGAGGUGUAGUCUUUCACAACUUUCUAGAAUAUUAUGCUGAGGAAAUCUCUUGAAUGUCCUCUGUUUUCUUCUCCUUUUGUGAGAUUGCUUUUGAACUAUGAAGCCUGAUGUCAGUUAUGGUCAGUACAACAGCACUGUUCAAUGGAUUUGUUCUUCACUUUGUAUUUAUGAAGCGUCUUUGCAAACAUCAGUGUAUACAUUUGCUAAUUAUUUUGAUAACACUUCAAUUAGUUAAUGCAUUUGGUAACAUUGAACUAACAAUGUACAUUGCCAUUUAGAAGUUUGGGGUCAGUAAGAAUUUUUAUGUUUUGGAAAAGUAUUUUAUGUUCAC